GCCACGCUCUGGCUCCUUCCUCCCGCACCCCGUUGGCCUCCUCCUCCUCCUCCUCCUCCCUCUCCCUGUUUGCACGCUCCCUCCCUCUUUCACUCUCUUUCUUUCCCUUAACGCCACGCUGCAGAAAGGCAGACCUGGGGAACUGGAGGUCCACAGAGGCAGUGGAGGAGGAAUGCUGUUUCUUUGCGAGUGAAAGGAGGAGGCAGAGAGACAAUGAAGGAGUGUCUUGGUUGCUGCCUGGAUUAAGAAAGCAUACAUAAUAAUAAUAAUAAAAAAAAAUCUGGACCCAACAAACGAGGAAAAAGGGAGGAGAGGAGGAGGAGGAGGAGGUUGCUGGGGGGAGCCCACUCCAGUGGGUGAACAGCCGCUUUGAAUCGUGCCUCUGUUCCCAAGGAUUAAAGCAUGAAUGGGAGCAGCUUCCCAGCCACGAUGGAGAGAGAAGGCGGUUCAGGCUAUGGGAAUAAGGUUUCCUUCAAAUGAGUCCCUGAAGUUCCUGCUGGCAGCUCCAGCAGUGUCCUGUAGAAGUGCCCUCCUGCUCCUGGUCUCAGCGGCCAAGGCCCCUCCAAACCUGCUUCUGCAAUGGGUGGGUUGUAAGCACUGGUAAUGAGGAGCUGUGGGUCCAGUCAGUCUUGGAGAUGCCGAAGAGACGAGACAUCCUGGCUAUCGUGCUGAUAGUUCUGCCCUGGACACUACUAAUCACCGUCUGGCACCAGAGCACCAUUGCUCCACUGCUUGCAGUGCACAAGGAUGAUGGUGGUGACUCCCAGCGUGAUCUCACUGCAGGCUUGGACUCCAAGGAAUACUGCUUGUCGGACCGGGACAUUGUGGAGGUGGUGAGGACAGAAUAUGUUUAUACCCGCCCACCCCCGUGGUCAGACACCCUUCCCACCAUCCACGUCAUUACACCCACCUACAGCCGGCCUGUGCAGAAGGCAGAGCUGACGCGCCUGGCCAACACCCUCCUGCACGUGCCAAACCUGCACUGGAUCCUGGUGGAGGACUCCCAGCGGCGCACACCUCUCAUCACCCGGCUGCUGCGGGACACGGGGCUGAACUACACCCACCUCAACGUGGAGACACCCCGCAACUACAAGCUGCGGGGAGACAUGAGGGAUCCCCGCAUUCCCCGGGGGACCAUGCAGAGGAACCUUGCUCUGAGAUGGUUGAGAGAGACCUUUAACAAAAAUAACAGCCAGCCUGGGAUUGUUUACUUUGCUGAUGAUGAUAACACCUACAGCCUGGAGCUCUUUGAGGAGAUGCGCAGCACCAGGAAGGUGUCAGUGUGGCCAGUAGCCUUCGUCGGUGGCUUGCGCUACGAGUCACCCAAAGUGAACGCCGCAGGGAAGGUCUAUGGCUGGAAAACUGUGUUCGACCCCCACCGCCCCUUUGCUAUAGACAUGGCAGGGUUUGCUGUGAACCUCAGACUGAUUCUCCAGCGAUCUCAGGCUUACUUCAAACUGCGAGGAGUGAAGGGAGGCUACCAGGAGAGCAGCCUGCUCCGGGAACUAGUGACCUUGAAUGACCUUGAGCCGAAAGCUGCCAAUUGCACUAAGAUUUUAGUCUGGCAUACAAGGACAGAAAAGCCUGUGCUGGUGAAUGAGGGGAAGAAAGGAUUCACAGAUCCCAAUGUGGAAAUCUGACUGUGCAUGGCUGAACGGACACCAACACCAGGAGAUUUCUUCGUGCACAGCCUGCAAGGUUCCUCUCCACAGCAUACAACCAGCCAGACAUGCAGUAGCCAGGACCUCUGCUGACUUCCAAGAGUUUUAGCGUACUGAAAACAAGCAACACUGCAUACAUAAACUACCCGGAUUCCCCUGCCCUUCCUCCUGGACUCUGAGCAGAACCAGACGCUCUGGAGGUGGAGAAAAAGCACAGAAAAUACAGGACUGACGUCAGCUUCAGUACAAGACCAGCUGCCUCGUGAGGUGCUCAGUUUGGGAGAAGUGCAUGCAGGGCAUGACGCGCUGAAGACGUGGCCCAGCUGGAAUGGCUGUCUAGACUGAGGGGGCAGUUUUACAGGACCUGAAAGCAAGGGUGAGAAUGCCCGCAGGAGUGUGUUGGCCCCCGAUGACUCGUUUUUCCUGAGACACACGUACCUUGCGGCUAUGUGUGCAACAGCCUAAGCAGCUCUCUGUUCGUGGAGGGGACAGCUGCCUUCUGAGAUGGCACCUUAGCCCUUAAUUUUAAACCUACUUUAAUCAGUGUUUAUUACGCUGCACAAGACAGGAAGGUUUCAGGGAGGGUGAAAAGCAAGGCAGGUUAGAACAAACCCGUUCAGUAACUCUGUUCUCUUUGUUCUCUUUUUUUUUUUUUUUUCCCCUCUGUCCUCUCCCUUCAUUAGUUUCACGGUUUGGAGGGCACUCUUGACAUACCUCUGUGCUCACAGAAUCACAGAACGGUUUGGGUUGGAAGGGGCCUUUAAAGCUGAUCUAGUCCAACCCCCCUGCAAUGAACAGGGACACCUUCCACUAGAUCAGGCUGCUCAGAGCCCUGUCCAGCCUAACCCUGAAUGUUUCCAGGGAUGGGGCAUCUACCACCUCUCUGGGCAACCUCUUCCAGUGUUUCACCACCCUAAUUGUAAAACAUUUUAUCCUUAUAUCUAGUCUAAAUCUACCCUUUUUUAGUUCAAAACCAUUACCCCUUGGCCUAUUGCAACAGGCUCUGCUAAAAAGUCUGUCCCCAUCUUUCUUAUAAGCCUCCUUUGACUACUGAAAGGCUGCAAUAAGGUCUCCCUGGAGCGUUCUCCUCUCCAGGCUGGAGAACCCAAACUCUUUCAGCCUUUCUUCACAGGAGAGGUGCUCCAGCCCUCUGGCUCUCCUCUGGACUUGCUCCAACAGGUCCAUGUCCUCCUUAUGUUGGGGGUCCCAGAGCUGGACGCAGGGCUGCAGGUGGGGUCUCACGAGAGCAGAGCAGAAGGGCAGAAUCCCUUCCCCUGACCUGCUGGCCACGCUGCUUUGGAUGCAGCCCAGGGUACGUACGGUUGGCUUGCUGGGGUGUGAGCACACGUUGGCUCGUGUCCAGCUUCUCAUCCGCCAGUACCCCCAGUCCUUCCCAGCAGGGCUGCUCUCGAUCUCUCAAUCCCCAGCCUGUAUUGAUACCGGGGGUUGCCCUGACCCAGGGGCAGGACCCUGCACUUGGCCUUGUUCGGCCUCGUAAGGUUCACAUGGACCCACUUCUGGAGCUUGUCCAGAUCCCUCUGGAUGGCGUCCCAUCCCUCAGGUUUGUCAACCGCACCGCUCAGCUUGGUGUGGUCUGCAAACUGGUGAGGGUGCACUCGAUCCCAGUAUGUCAUCGAUGAAGAUACUAAACAGUACUGGUCCCAGUAUGGACCCCGGAGGGACACCACUCAUCACCAAUCUCCACCUGGACAUGGAGUUGACCACUACUAGCUGACCACUGUUCCUGGAUGGAGUUACGUUUACAGCAUGUGGUUCUUUAUUCAUCCAUGCUAAAAUAAUUGGAAGUGGGUUUUAAUGAGAUUGUUGUGGCCACACACCAUAAUACUUCAUCCAGGCUCAGAUCUUGGUUCUGUUUAGCUCUGAUUGGGUUCACAUGAGCACUAGGUGUGGGAUUCUCUGAAGGGUGCUCCUCCAUAAAGCCAAAUUUCCAUUCUUAAAACAUAGAGUUAAUUGCUUAAAACCAGGGAUUGAAUAAUCAAAGCCGAUUUUAGUGCAUUUACUAUUCUACUGGAAUGUAUCCUUCAGCCCUAGCCCCUUUUUCAGGGCCAUGCCAUAUUACUGCAGAGCUACUGGCGUGAAAAGCCACACUGGAGCCGUUUGAGAGUUAACUUCUGAUGGGUCAAGCAGCACCCUUGUGAAGGGGAUCCUGUGCUUAGUGCUCUGUUUCUUCAGCACCUGGCUUGAGGCAGGUUGAAAAACCGUCUAUGUAGAACAUUAAUCAUCUCAUCCCUGUUCUGUAACAUCAAAGGACCUGAGACAGCGUUGAUGAAAGGGUGCUCUCUGACGAAACUGUAUUUUGUUUCUCAGUGAGAGACACAGGACUGACCAAUGCAGAAGAAGAACCUGGGUGCUACUACCUUGGUUGACUCUGUAUUUGAGGUGACAAACUUGCCUAGGAAGAAACUGAGGUACAACAUACCCCUUCUCCCCACCUCCAGCCCCUUAAAAAACAAACAAAAAACUUACCUCCCCGUUCAUAGUUGUCAAAACUUUGAUCAAUCCCCAUUAUCCCAGUUCUUUCAACCCCUAUUAUCCCAAUUCUUUCCAAAAAGUCUGAAGCACAAUUUUAUGUUUGAAUUGAGGGAAAAUGUAAUCCUGGAAAUAGACUUUGUUAUCUUUAGCCCUAACACAUAGAACUAUUAAAAUGCUAUAGAUCUGAUUGUUAGUUUCACAGUGCAGAAGUCUCCCCUUGGACUAAUGACAUUGUGUAUUUCAUAUAUUUUAAAAAAAAAAACAAAUUUUUUUUGGUAAGUUAUUUUCUCUCAGUGUAUAUCAAAACCAUUGGGGAAAAGCUUCAUUCUUUAGUUCCCAGUCACAGAAGCCUUGCGACGUAGCCUUUACAAAAAUGUUCCUUUCAGACGUAUUGGCUGAAGCACGACUUGGAUAGAAAAGCAUUUGAUGCUACUGGCUGCUCUAUGGGAACGGGUGUUGUUAUCUUGUAUUAAAUCAGUAGCUCUGCACUCCAGCAGAUAUAUUCUGUUAUUGUACUAGCCUUCCAAGUUCCCUUCAGUCUGCAAACCCUAGAAUGGAAAGAGACAUUUUUCAAGGACUACAAAGUUUUCAUACCAUUUAAAUAGUUGCCAACUGCUGUCCUCUCCUAGCUGCAUGUUUUGUUUCACUAAUCUUAAUUCCAGUCCCUGCUCGGUUGCAACCUUCCCUCUUUGGAAGGAACAUAACUUUCAGGAAAACGUCAAGGAUCGAGUCCUGAACACAACCCUGCACAUACACUCCACUCUCCUCAAGGCUGGUCACACGAGCCUGGGCCCUUCCAGCUUGCAUAGAGGCUACCGUGGUCCUCGGGAGCAGAUACCCAUGGUCAGUAAGACCAGCUCUGGCCAGGAUGGAGUGUAUUACAGCUGCACUGUCUGUUCUCAGUUUUAAACAAACUGUAUUUAAAUUUGUUAAAUAAAAUUAUGGUUUCUAAGAGCCAGAAUACCCUGAAACUCCAUUAUCAGAGACAGUGCACAUGUUUGGUGUUUCCCUCAUAGCCUGAAUCCUCUGGUUACUGGAACAGAAAACAGGGGCUGAGUGACUUCUUGGAGAUACUGAGCAGAUCUGCAGCUUGAAUUUGAGCUCUUCCUCUCCCUAAAGACAUGGCAGCUUCUCAGUGUCUGUGGAGCCGGUGAGUUAAAAAAAAAAACAUGUGAUGUUUUCCUAAAUCCCGUGUUUCUGUUUUGAGAGACAAAAAGAAAGAAAACAGGACCCAAGUUCCCAAGAUUUCACAGCAGGUUUAAAUAGAAAGUAUGGGUGUGCUCUCCCAUUGCAACUAUGUAUGCAACCCCUUCUAUCCCAGCCAAAAUCUGAGCCCUGCUCAUUUUACAAGGGAAAUUUCAUCUUAAGGUGCAUCCCAGUGA